CUGACAUUCGUAAAUAUUUAUCAGCUGUCACGAACCAAGUCAAUGUGCUUCAGAUGCAUUUUUACAGUUUCUUUCGCGGGAAGAAGUUUCAAAAUUGUUAAAAUUUUAGUAAUUUCCAUAGUGAAUAGUAAUGACUUUUGAACAAGGAAUACAGCACACAAUCGAUGGGAAUUUUUGUCGACUGCAAAUUGGCUUAUCGGCUAAAAAGACAGCUUCGGUCGACGCUGGGGAUGGCGACGCGAAGCAAUGCAGCUUAGCGAAUCGCCGUAAUUGUGACAUUUUCAUAGAAGAUCACAAUUUUUUUAUUUAUGCGGAUACGCAGUUACAACGGUUCCAUCUAUCAGAGCGUCAAUUCGAUACCAAAGAUAUGAAAAAUUUAAUAAUCAAUUUCAAUACCAAAACGUCCAGCUACGAAGUCGAUUUGCCUUGUGUAACGCGAAACGAUGAGGAACAAAUAGCGCUUCCCGAAAAGAGUGAUGUGGAGAAAAAGUUUUCGGAACGGAUUCUGCCGCCCUCACUUGAGUUGUGGAAGUUGAAGCGCAUAACAGAUAGCUGCCACCUGCAAGUGGAUAAGACUGGUGAACUUUUGAAGUUUAUAGCAGACUUUGGGUAUGGUUUUGCUAGCAAAUUCAAAGGAAAUCUCACUGGCGUAGAUGGCCUAUCUGCUGUAGCUCGUAUGCCUGAACCGCAUGCGGUUAGUCCACUACAACGUAGCAUUGAUCGUGAAAUAGAUGAGCUGAAGAAUUUUUCACGUGAUGAGUACAAAUUAAAUAUCGUAGAGUUGCAGGUGCCUGAAGGACAUGAGAAUCCAAUGAAGUACAUCAGUAACUUUCGAGAUGAUAAACUAACGCGCGAUGAAGAAUGCCUAUUGCACAAUUUGACUCGCAAGUCACAAGAAACUUCACUGUCCUACAAAUACGAACAGACUGAGGUCGACUGUGGCCUUAUAAGCAUACUAUUAGCCAUUUGCUACGAUAAACGUUCCACAUCAAAUGAACCAACUUGCGAAAGUGCAUGGACACGCAGCAUACUGUCGGCCACGCUAAGCUACUUUGAACCUUUCGAGAGCAUUAAAGAUGUCGUUGUCAGUUUUCUUCGCCGUUCGCUGAUUUAUCCACUCUAUCGGAACUAUGAUUUGGGACGUGUGUGCGUGCAAGAUGCUAUUGAUGGCUUACAAAAAAAUCCUACUUGGGUAUUAAAACAAUUGCUACAAACGCAUGCGAUUUUUGCCAGUAGUGAUGGCAAUCAAGAACUCUUCAAUCGUUAUUAUAUUGAAGAUUAUAUACGGUACAUUGCCGAUAGUAAUCGUAGUGGUCAGACGCAUUUACAGCUACUAGCACGAAAUUUAAAAAAUGUCCUGCUAGAUGUGUGUAAAAAGCAUUUACGUUUAGAGUUGGGAGAAAUCGAGACUGAAUUGUUGAAAGAAUUAAUCACAGAUAUUAACUUGGGCGACACAUUAACCAGCGAAGAGGAAGGCGACGAUGAUACAGAGGACGCUGAUGAGGAUGAAGAUGAAGAUGAAGAUGAUGAGGAUGUUGAUGAUAACGAUGAAGACGAUGAAGAUACCAAUGAUGAAGGUGGCACAGAGAGUGGCGAAGAUGCUAGUGAUUCAUCAUCGACAACAACUACGUCAUCCUCCUCUACAAGUGAUACAGAGCAGAAUAGUGUAAUCGAGCAAUGCAAGGAGGUUGUGAAUGUUUCAAAAUCAUAGAUUUUUAGUCUUAGGAGAGUUCCAAAUUUGGUAUAAGUGAAUAUAUGUGGUUUUAUUCUUUAUAUAUAUGUAUGCAUGCAUUCUCCAACUUCAGUUUAUAAGAAAAUUCAUUAUCUACUUUUUUUUUUCAUUCAUUAUCAGAUUUUUUGUUUUUAUAUACAUACGUACAUAAGUGAGGCUUGAAAAUCCAAUAGCAUUUCCAUUGUGCAUAUAAAUAAAUGCUUUGAGCAUCUUAAAUGAA